ACGUCCAGCUGAACCGGGCAGCCUCUCGUGUACUCCGUGUCAGUUUGGGGAGGUAGUGCAAUCCUCGGCAGUGUACUGAGACUGCACUAACUGCUCCUGUCAGUACUGGACAUAUCCGGAGAAUGGACAAUACGCAGACGAGAUAAUAAAGAAACAUCGCACCUGUGACGAGAUUCGCGUUUAAAAGUUUUUUGGAAAUUGAAUUGAAUUUGACGCAGGAGAAAAUCUUACGGUUGUCGUCUGUGUUCAUCCAUAAUGACAGCCGAGAAGGAGAAAAAGAGGCAUCCAUCAGAAAGGCGCAAGGAAAAGUCUCGUGAUGCAGCACGCUGCAGGCGCAGUAAAGAGACGGAGGUAUUUUAUGAACUAGCUCACCAGCUCCCGUUACCCCACAGCAUCAGCUCACACCUGGAUAAAGCCUCCAUCAUGAGACUAGCCAUCAGUUUUCUGCGAACACGCAAACUCUUCAAUUCAGGCCGCAGAGUUCAACAAACACGUUCAAGGGAUGACAGCCAGAUGGACAGUCUAUAUCUGAAGUCUCUGGAUGGCUUUGUUGCCGUGGUAACAUCAGAUGGGGACAUGAUAUUCCUGUCGGAAAAUGUCAGUAAAUACAUGGGCCUUACACAAGUGGAAUUGACGGGUCACAGCAUCUUUGACUUUACACAUCCUUGUGAUCACGAAGAAAUCAGAGAAAAUCUCAGCAUUAAAUCUGGACCUGCCUAUGGCAGAAGAGGUAAAGAUAUGAGCCCAGAAAGAGAUUUCUUUAUGAGGAUGAAGUGUACGGUCACCAACAGAGGUCGCACUGUCAACCUCAAGUCAGCCACAUGGAAGGUGUUGCAUUGCACGGGUCACCUGCAAGUGUGCAGCAGCCACCCACCUCAAGUCCUGUGUGGAUUUUCAGAACCGCCCCUCACAUGCGUUACUAUGCUGUGUGCACCAAUCCCACACCCCUCUGCUGUGGACACACCCCUCGACAGCAAGACGUUUAUGAGCAGACACAGUAUGGAUAUGAGGUUUAUUUACUGUGAUGAAAGAGUAAGCAGUUUGAUUGGCUACAGACCAGAGGAACUUCUCGGGCGUUCUGUGUAUGAGUUCUGCUAUGCUUUGGACUCUGAGAGCAUGACAAGGAGCCACCAAAAUCUUUGUAAUAAGGGUCAAGUGGUGAGUGGCCAGUACAGAAUGUUAGCCAAACAUGGAGGCUACGUUUGGGUGGAGACUCAGGCAACUGUCAUCUACAACAAUCGCAACUCCCAACCACAGUGCAUCAUCUGCAUCAACUACAUCCUGAGUUCUGUCGAAGAGCAAUCUGUCAUCUUCUCCAUGGAUCAGACCGAGUCUCGGUUCAAGCCGUACCACUUGCAUAACACCGAAGAACUGUUCAGUCAGGGUGGAGCAGACUCCGUUUUAGAACCUCAGGACCUUUUCACUAAGCUCAAGACAGAGCCUGAAGAGCUAGCCCAGUUAGCACCCAUGCCAGGAGACGCCGUCAUUGCCCUGGACUUUGAAAGGCCACAGUUUGAAGAACCGUCUUUCUUACCCGAGUCUACAAAGAUGCCUCUGGUCAGGCAAUCGUGGGUCGUUGACACGCCUCCUGACAGAAGUCCGGAUGGUAGCUUUUCCAAAUUGUCUGCGGCCUUCACAAUGCCACAGGUACAUCCUGCCGGCAAGACCACACCCUGUUCCACGCCCUGCUUAAGCAGAUGCAGCAGUUACUCCACACUCAGCAGUCCGAUAGUUUACUGUGACAAGGAUCUAAAGGUGGAGAUGACCGAGAAACUAUUUGCCCCUGAAAAUGUGGCAACAAAUCCCUCAGACUGCCAGCUGGACUUCAGCGAUCUGGACCUUGAGACUCUUGCUCCCUACAUUCCCAUGGACGGUGAGGACUUCCAGCUGCACCCCAUCUGUCAGGACGAGCCUGUUUCUAACACAGGUCCAGGCCCGGGCACAGCCCUCCAGCACACUUUUAACAACAUAGCUGACCUCUUUCAGCCCUUGGGCCCAUUCCCUUCUGACAACAAGAGCAGUUCUAACACAUGUCCAGACACAGUUCAUAUGCAACCCUAUCAAAAUGCACUCGACGUCCCCCUCUCCUCUAAGAAGGGCAGCCAGGUUUUUCGAUGGCCGUCGGACCCAUCCUCACAGUAUGAGCAUACAGAGAUUAGACGCAUGGAUGAACAGAACACAGAAGAUCGAAGACAAACGUAUAAUUUCACUGCAGCACUGCCAGAGCAAAGGUACUUUGAGAACUUUGGCCCUGUACAGAAAGACAUGAGCCUGGGGCAGGCCGCACUCAUCAACAGCUUUAAACGGAAAAGACAGUUCAGUUCCUCGUGCUCCUUCUCUGACAUACCGAAGGAGAUGGUUCCUUACCAUGAGACUGCAGAUGUUAAGAGAAUGAAGACGUUGAACGUGGACAGCUGUGUUUUCUCUGUCAGGAAGUGUCUUAGCACGAGUGUGCUUACAGAUAAAUCGUGUAUGCAAAGUGGAGUUGAUGGUCCUCUCCAUCUGAGAGACUGCAGAGUGAGAUCAGAAGAUUUUAAACAGCAUCGUACACAGUCGUUCUGCCCUCCCGAUAACAGACAGUACCAUGUGCCGCCUUCACCCAAACACAGAGGAAUGAUAAGUCAGUUACUGGCCCCAUCUUUCGACACAUACUGCCUUCCGGAGAUUACACGGUAUGACUGUGAGGUAAACGUGCCUCUACAGGGAAACCUGCAUCUUUUGCAGGGCUGUGACCUUCUGAGAGCCCUCGACCAGACAACGUAGAUCCUGAGCUUUUGUUCCUUUCAUCUUUGUUGAUAAAGCCUUUAUUUAGACUUUUUUGUAUAUUUUCCUGUGAGACGUGUUAUAUUUUAAUAUAUAAUUUUUUAAUCAGAUUGUUACUUGUUUAAAAUGUGUUCAGAUGUUUCAUUUCUGUGCCGACUCUUAAUCUUCGAAAGCUGUUCCUAAUAGUUACAGUCAGAUUUACUGUUGUGCAUUAUAUAUAUAGCCUAUAUAUCAAAUAACUACAAUAUAUUACAUUAAUAUAAACAGUACAGUAGUUUAACUUAUUCAUGCAGCUCUGAAUACAUACAGGGAAUAAAAAUUCCAUGUUUGUAUGAAACAAAGAAAGUCAGUGUUUUGCCAAGACUAUGGCCUUGAACGCCUUGAACUUGUACCAGCAAAAAAGUUGCAUUGAUCUAUGUAGCUCCAAAACAUGUCUGUUUUACAAUAUAGCACAUUAAUAUUUAACCCACGUUCCUAUGCGUAUAAUCUAAACUUUUCUCCACAUUCCCCUAUAACGCAAUCAUUAUGAUAAAGACGCUAUUUUAAGGAUAUAGUUUCUCUGUCAUCUCAAGCACUUUAUUUUAAAAGAUGCAAAAGGAACCUCGAUGUUGUCUGUAGUAGACUAAAAUGUAAAGAAGCAGGUUUAUUCCUGGUGUAGUGGUUUGUCACAUUUUAUCCCACACUAGCCAACCACUACCUUUUAUAACUGUAAUAAAGGUAGUGCUUUAAUAACACUAUAGCUGUAACUAUAAAGGCUUAUGUAUAUUUUUCCAUACAAACAUAUCUAUUGUGUCUACAGUCUGAGAUCAGAGUUGUGUGUUCUGAUGUCUGUAACACGUAAAGAAAUGUUUGUAUUUGGUGUUCAAAAGUGCCUUGGUACUUGUCUACCCCUUAGUAGACUGAGAUGAAUUUGUAGCUUUCUCCUUUAUAUGUAUAUAUAUAUAUAUAUAUAUAUAUAUAUAUAUAUAUAUAUAUAUAUAUAUAUAUAUAUAUAUAUAUAUAUAUAUAUAUAUUUAGCAGUUUAAAGUUAUUAUAUUUUGUAGUAAUUUGUGAUGUGUAUCACCUUCUGGUGAUACUCUGUAUUUUGUGGGUUUCUUUACAGAAGAUAUGCUUAUGAAAGAUUGUAUCACUGUAAAAACAGAAGCUGUUCUUAAAAAUUAUGCUACUUACAAAUCAUUCAUUCUGAUAUUCAAUGUAUGUUGCUUUUAAUUUUGCUUUGUUGUAUUGUUGUUCGUAUAUUUUGCCAGGCUACUAUAAGCUAGUGAUUUUACUGUAACUUUGGCCCUUAUGAUGAUGACAUUAUCUGUUUUCCCACUGAUUCAGUUCUUAUAGAUUUUCACUGGCUGACCACACGCACAAACACACAAUUACACAUUACUGAAUGCAAGGCGGGAUUGUAAAUGGGGCCAGUGGCCCGGUUGCUACAUACAGCACUGACUGUGUAUACAGAAGCUAAUAUUUUUGCAUUAAACGCAUUAUCCCCUUUAAAUGUGAAGACAUUUUAAGUGUAAGAUAAUUUGCUUUUUGCAGAUAACGUGACCCAAAUACAUAUGCUAUAAACGAUGUCUGAGAUCUCAAAUUUUUUAUGCACUAUAUGCCCAAUCUAAGAUUCAAGUAGGAUUUAUAAAAAUGACAAAUGCUUUAGAAACGAGCUUGGCAAUCUGUUGAGAAAUGUUUGUUUUUGCAUUUUAAAAAACAGUGUUGAUUCAAACUUAAAGCUUUCUAAUACAGGGGCGGUUUUGCUGGACAGGGCUUAUCCUAAUCCCAGACUAAAAUGCAUGUUUAUGCCUUAAUUUAAAAAUCUUGCACUGACAUAUCUUAAUAUAUAUAUCAGUGCCAUUGUUUUGUCUCAAGAUGCACAUCAGUAAUGUUUUUUUUAAGGUAUGUCCUAAAAUAACAAAGCCUAGUCCUGGAUUAAUCUAAACCCUGUCUGGGAAACUACCCUGUUAGAUAUGAUUUGUGUAUAGGUUGUUCUUCUGUAUGGAAGUCUAAGAUUGUUACAUAAGUGAUUAUUUUAAAAAUAAAAAUAAAUAAAUUUGUGUUUA